AUGAGCGACAUCUGGCGCUCGAACCCCGGCGGUCAGUCCUUGUACCUCAUUUGGGCUGAUUGGGAGCCGGUGAAAAAAGCCCCUCCCUGCGCCGGCAACGAGCAGCAGUAUGACGGCCACUGCUUCGUCAUCGUCCCCGAGGUGGAUGAAGCCAUUCGGUCUUGGUCCCUGCUUGGCUUCACGACGACGGCCAUCGUCUACGGCACGCCUGCCUGGGCACGCGGAAACCGCCCUUGCCAAUUCGGAAUCUACUGCGUCCCCAACGAUGCCGCCGACUUUGGCCGUUUUGCGGGCAUGCUGGCCCGUCGCUACAACGGCCUCAACGGCCACGGGAGGAUGGCGGAUUUUGUCCUGGACAGGGAAGUCGGCAACAUCCGCUAUUUCGACAUCGGCUGCGGCUUGGGGCCCUGCGACCAGUUCGAGUGGCUCGAUCUCAUCGCCGAAAACUACAACGCCGCCUUCGAUGCCGUUGCCGUCGAGCAGUCGACGGCCAGAGUCAUGACGUCCAUCGACAACAAGUUUGCUUCGAGCUUCGACGAUGCCGCCCACGGCCAGCUCUCGGGCAUGACCGUCCUGAUGGGUGUCGCCAAUCGGGCCGCGGGCCGGGCGUGGCGCGUCUCCAUCAACGCCUACAACAAGCCCGAGGCCGCCGGGUUUUCCUACGGAGACUACCCGUACGUGACGCUCGGGAACAUCGGAAUCCUCGUCGGCUGGCUGCGCCAAAAGUUCCCGGAUGCCCCCCAGCUACGGUCGGUGCAGUUGACGGAGCAGGGAUUGCCGGGCCGGCCGGCCUUGGAGAGCCAGCAGAGCGAGUACCUGUGCGACGGCUUCCACAACGCGCUCGGCACGCCGGGCGUCGAAAGCUUCAUAUACUACCGCAUGCAGGAUCAGGCUGGAGACUCGAAUCAGCUUGGCCUCCGCAGGUUGGAUGCGUCGGCGAAGCCCUCGUGGUCGACUUGGGCAGACGCGAACCGCGUCGACCUUGACCCGGCGUUGCUCUCCUGCGGCUUCCAGUACAUCCCUUACACCCUGUUGACCCUCGGCUACGACGCCGCCCGCGGCUCCAUCGCGACGACGCGCAUCCUCCCGGCCGGCUACGCCGUCACCAAAAGCUGGUACCUGUAUCGUUCCGAGGAGCCGGGGACCAUCAUGGUCUACGAGUGUCACAUCGGCUCCAAAUCGUUCCUCACCACGCGUCACACGUGCGACAACGAAUUUCCCUACGGUCCCGUGGGACGCGUAUUUAGGGAUCCGAGACCUUUCCACGUCCCGCUCUACACCUGCUACAACGGGGAGUUUGCCGACCACUUCGUGUCGUCCGAGGUGGACUGCGGGGGUCCGCCGAGCACGAUGCUGGCCCUGCUCGGGUACGUUCGUCCGGCUUGA